AUGCUCACAGCCAAUCCAAAGCCCUUCAGAGAUGGUAAUUUCUCAAAGAAUGGAGCGGGUUAUCUAUGUGAGUUUUUCUUCCCUAAAUUCGAGCUUAAAAUUUUGUAA